GGUUGCGAACCGCUCGCUCGCUCUGCCCGGCACAUGACAGCGAUGUAUAUAUAGCCCUAACGAGGCAGAGGCAGUUUUGAAAAGGCAGGUACUGUCGGGGGGAGGAGGAAGAGGAAGGCGAGGAAGAAGAAAGCACCGGCUGGGAUGCCCCUUUAAGGCGAAGCUGGCGCUGCGGAGCUCGGCGGGCUAGCAGGGCGCGCCGCGUUGGCUAGCAGGCUUUGGCCCCGGGGCGCCCGGGCGUGCGAGCGACCCGCGAGGGUCUCCGCUCUCUGCGCCGAGCCAUGCUGCUGCGGGGCUCGCUCUGGCUGUGCCUGGCCGCCCUGCCCGCCCUCUGCGCCCCGCUGGAGACGGAGAUCGUGACCCCCAUCCGCCUGGACGCGGCUCCGAGCGGGCGGCGGCAGCAGCAGCAGCCCUUCAAGCGGGGCCCGGCGGAUCCGUCGCCGCCGCCGCCGCCCGGGGCCAUCUACCAGAUCACCGCCUUCCGCGAGGACUUCUACCUGCACCUCAGCCCCGACGCGCGGUUCAUCGCGCCCGCCUUCGCCACGCAGUACCUGGGCGGCCCCGCCGGCGGCCAGGAGGGCGGCCCGCCGCCGCGCCGCUGCUUCUACUCCGGGGACGUCAACGCGGCGCGCGACUCCUUCGCGGCGCUGAGCCUCUGCGGGGGGCUGACGGGCGCCUUCGGCUACGGCGGGGCGGAGUACCUCAUCAGCCCGGUGCGCAACGCCAGCGGCAACGGGGCGCUGUGGAGCAGCCCGGGCGAGCACCUGCUGCAGCGGCGGCGCAGCCCCGGCGGGCCGCCCGCCUCCCGCUGCGGCGUGGCCUCCGGCCUCAACCCGGCCGCCCUGCAAGCCCUGGAGAAGUACAAAGCCGGGCGGCCGGGCGGCCGCGGCCGCGCCAAGCGCUUCGCCUCGGUGCCGCGCUACGUGGAGACGCUGGUGGUGGCCGACGAGUCCAUGGCCAAGUUCCACGGCGCCGACCUGCAGCACUACCUGCUCACGCUGAUGGCCACGGCGGCGCGCCUCUACCGCCACCCCAGCCUCCAGAACGCCGUCAACAUCGUGGUGGUCAAGUUCCUGGUCAUCGGGCAGGACGACAAGGGCCCCAAAGUCACCGGCAACGCCGCGCUCUCGCUGCGCAACUUCUGCGUCUGGCAGAAGAAGUGGAACAAGGGCAGCGACAAGCACCCCGAGUACUGGGACACCGCCAUCCUCUUCACCAAGCAGGAUUUGUGUGGCGCUACUACCUGUGACACCUUGGGAAUGGCAGAUGUGGGCACCAUGUGCGACCCCAAACGCAGCUGCUCGGUCAUCGAAGACGAUGGUCUUCCCUCUGCUUUCACCACAGCUCACGAGCUGGGGCACGUGUUCAACAUGCCUCAUGACAAUGUGAAAGUCUGUGAGGAGGUUUUUGGGAAGCUGAGGACCAACCACAUGAUGUCACCCACUCUCAUACAAAUUGACCGCACCAACCCUUGGUCAGCCUGCAGCGCAGCCAUCAUCACCGACUUCCUGGACAGUGGGCACGGUGACUGCCUCUUGGAUCAGCCUGCCAAGCCUAUUGCCUUGCCCGAAGACCUCCCUGGGAGCAACUACAACCUCAACCAGCAAUGUGAGCUGGCCUUUGGCAUUGGCUCCAAACCUUGCCCGUACAUGCAGUACUGCACCAAGCUGUGGUGCACGGGGAAGGCUCGUGGCCACAUCAUGUGUCAGACACGCCACUUCCCUUGGGCUGAUGGCACCAGCUGUGGAGAUGGGAGGUUCUGCUUGAAGGGGGCCUGUGUUGAGAAGCAUAACAUCAGUAAGUACCGGGUGGACGGCAACUGGGGGAAGUGGGCACCCUAUGGCCAGUGCUCUCGGACCUGUGGUGGAGGAGUUCAGCUGGCAAAGCGUGAAUGCAACAACCCCACACCUGCCAAUGAAGGGAAAUACUGUGAAGGGAUCCGAGUGAAAUACCGUUCCUGCGGUCUUGAUCCCUGCUCUAAUUCAGUCCCAGGGAAGAGCUUUCGAGAAGAACAAUGUGAGGCUUUCAAUGGGUACAACCACAGCACGAACCGGCUCACCGCCACCGUCUCCUGGGUCCCCAAAUAUUCUGGGGUGUCUCCUCGGGACAAAUGCAAGCUGAUCUGCAGAGCCAAUGGAACUGGGUACUUUUACGUCUUGGCUCCAAAGGUGGUAGAUGGCACCCCGUGCUCUCCGGACUCCACUUCUCUAUGUGUUCAGGGCAAAUGUAUCAAGGCGGGAUGUGAUGGGAAACUUGGCUCGAAAAAGAAGUUUGACAAAUGCGGAGUGUGUGGCGGAGACAACAAGAGCUGCAAGAAAGUCUCCGGCUUGUUCACUAAACCCAUGCAUGGCUAUAACUUUGUGGUGCUUAUCCCUGCUGGUGCAUCCAGCAUUGACAUUAGACAGCGAGGCUACAAGGGCUUAAUCAGCGAUGACAACUACCUGGCAGUGAAAAACGGGCACGGCAAAUACCUCCUGAAUGGGCAUUUCAUUGUCUCGGCAGUGGAGAGAGACCUUAUAGUAAAGGGCAGCGUGCUGCGCUACAGUGGGACGGGGACAGCUGUGGAAAGUCUUCAAGCCUUUAUGCCCAUCCAGGAGCCAUUGACUGUGGAGGUGCUGUCGGUUGGCAAGAUGACUCCACCUCGGGUUCGGUAUUCCUUCUACCUGCCCAAAGAAAACAAGGAGGACAAGUCCUCAUACCGCAAAGACGGGAAGCGCCCACCAGUCCUCAACAACAGUAUCCUCACUCUCUCGAACCGCCUGGAUUCGGGCAGGCCGGAUUACAAACGUCCCGCUUACAAGUGGGCCACCACGAGUUGGGAGGACUGUUCUGUCACCUGUGGCAAUGGGCUGCAGAAGCGCAUGGUGCUCUGCCGCGACGCCUUAGGCCAGCUGGCCUCCGCCUGCGAUGCCACUCAGCGGCCCACUGACAUCCGGAUCUGCGGUGACCCCUGCCCUACGUGGGAGGUGGGCCCCUGGUCUCCAUGCUCUAAAACCUGCGGCAGGGGGUUCAAAAGGCGCAUGCUGAAGUGCACAGGGCGGGGCGGGGUUCUGGUGCCUCGCGACCGCUGCAACCUCAGGAAGAAGCCACAGGAGCUGGACUUCUGUACCCUGAGACCGUGUUGACUGGGCUGGGCCCGCUUCUGACCAAGACACAGUGCAUCUUUCCGGCUCUCAGCAACCAAACUGGCUGAAAGUUUAAAUCGCCUCUGGGGGGAGGGAGUCGAUGGAGUUGAAAGGGGGAGGGGGCCAUCGGUUACAUAGCACAUUUCAACAAACAAAAGGAUUUAAGUGGGCAGAAAAAGAGUGCCGGCAAGAAGGGGCUGAGCAGGGGUUUUGUCGAGAUGGUUGCUCAGAGAAGAAGCAGGAAUAAACAACUACCUCGAAGCUGCCAAACUGCUCCAAACUCCAUCACAGCUUAGUGCCAUAUGCUGUGGGUGGGGAGGAGAAUUCCAGGUCAGAAUUGAGACAACUAGCCGUCCAAGAAGGUCCAAAGGCAGUGACGGUCAUUCCUUAGAGCUAUGGCCCAAUCUCUUGCAAAAUAUUUACAAAAGGCCUUCUCCUGGGGGUCCCUCUCCCCCAAAUACACUAGCAUUAGAGAGGACCGUAAGGAAUUCUCUUUGCACCUGCAAAAAUGGAUAAGGCUUAACAACGGGUACAGUAGGGUACCUCCAAGGCCUACCAGCAUGGGAUGCUUCAGCCCUAACACAUUUGCGGGUAUCCAGAAACACUUUUUUUUUUGCAUUUUUUUGCAUUCAUGUUUUCAUUCAGGGCUGGCAACCAGACGUGGCUUGGUAGUGCUAUUUCUGUUAACCUGUACAGACCGAACAGUGUACAUUUUUUAUGGUGCUUGACUUCAUUUUCUUUUGAGUCCUCCUUGGUUGAGGGGUUUUCACCUUGGUUUUCUUUUGAGUCCUCUUCCCUGGUUGCUUGUCCAGUCCAUUCUUCUCAGAAGAUUGUGCCAUAUAGUAUGGGGCAGGGCUUUUUUUUCGGGGGAAAGAGGUGGUGGAACUCAGUGGGUUGCCCUCGGA